CGGGACCAAGAGCUCAGUGCUCCUGAGACCCGUGUGCGGCCGACCGAUGGCAGCCCCGGAUCUGCGGGCGGAGUUGGACUCGCUGUUCUUGCAGCUGCUCGGAGACCUGGAGGAGCUGGAAGCGAAGCGGACGGCGCUGAACGCCCGGGUGGAGGAGGGCUGGCUCUCGCUCGCCAAGGCCCGCUACGCCAUGGGCGCCAAGUCGGUGGGGCCCCUGCAGUUCGCCUCCCGGAUGGAGCCCCAGGUGCGCGUGCGCGCCAGCGAGGCCCAGGAAGGACUGCAGACGUUCCGAGUGGUCAGAGCGGACACCCAGACCCCGGAAGAGGUGGGGCCCCGCGAUGCAGCUCUACGCAGACGCAAAGGCCCUGCUAAGACCCCAGAGCCAGAGUCCUCUGCAGUCCCACAGGACCCCCUAAACUGGUUUGGAAUCCUGGUUCCUCACAGUCUUAGGCAGGCCCAAGCGAGCUUCCGAGAUGGCCUGCAGCUGGCUGCAGAUAUAGCCAACCUCCAGACUCGAAUCAACUGGGGUAGAAGCCAGCUCAGGGAGCUCCAGGAGGAAAUCAAGCGGCUUGAGCCUGGGGCUGCCUGACUUGUGUCCAGAGGAGGGCACCAGGCACAGCUGUUCUUGGACGUGGCUCUAUAUAUCAGGCCUCCUUUCCCUUCCCAUGCCCCUUAUCCACCUAAUGUUUCCUCCUUAACAUUUUAAUGACCUUGGUCUGCAUGUUUCUGGCUAUGUGAGGUGUAAAGUUUGAGAGGCAAACUGGGGAAAAUGGAAAGCCACUUUUGUGAAACCUCUUCUAUGCCAAUGUUCUCAGAGGAUCCCCCCUCAUAGGUAACAGGUACGAGGUGGCUCAUGUUAGUGAAACAGUUGAAAAAUUCAUGUAUCAGUCAAGUGUGGUCUUGUUCCUGGAGAUGAAACACUGCAAACAGUGGCAGAGCAAGACAAGUAGUACAGAUCCUCCAUGGAUGGAGGAAAAGGCGGCCAUGCAUAGCUGACAGAUUAGGCCACUAUGAUUUAAAUAAGUAACAAGAAAAACACCCAGCUGAGCAUAGCAGUGCUUGCUUGUAGUCCUAGCUAUUUUUGAGGCUGAGGCAAAAGGAUUUGAGAAGGAACCCUUAAGCUCUGUAGUUGGGAGAUCAGCCUGGGCAACAUAGACUUUGUCUUAAAAACCAAAACACAAAUCCUGAGCAGAUGGGCAGGCCUCCUCAGGAAGUAAACAAUCUGACCUGCAUUUUCAAAGGAAUUCUUAGCAUAGGAAGAAACUUUGCAGGUUUCAAAUCCUGCCUUUAUUUCACCAGAAGUACAGUACUGUGUUUCCACAUGUGGAAGGACCAGCUGUAUUUCCAGCUCUGGGAACCCUGUCCUUGCCUCACUUUUCUACUGUUCUUUUCUUUUUAAAAAAAGCAAUUUCUAGGAGCUGUCUCGAGGAAUCUUUUAAUCUUCUGUUUUCAUUUUUUUCACUGUAUUUAAAAUAAAACAUUACAUCAAGCUGCACAGGAAAAUUGAAUAGUUAAUAAAAUGAAAGAUUUAGUAACAGUCCA